UGUGGGAAAACAAGAUCUACAGGCGUCAGUUUUCAUAAUUUUCCAAAAUGCGAAAAGUUAAGGUUAAAGUGGAUACAAAACUUGAAAUUGAAAGUAUUUAAGUCGAGCAUACUUGUUUGUAAUGCACACUUCAAAAACGAUGAUUUUUUUUUCUUUGAUGAGCACAGCCAGAGGAGGAGGUUAAAGAGCAUUGCUGUACCGACACAAAACUUGCCAGUGACGUUACUGACAGAAAUUCGUCGUGAUCAAAAGCAAGUGAUUGAACGAAAAGCAAGAGCGAAAAAACGAGCAGAGGAAAAAGUAGAAAGUAUCGCUGUGCCUGUUCCGAUGGAAGUGCAAGAUUCAGUGUCAAUAACUGACGAUUCAAAGGAGGGGCAGCCUGACAUUGCAGAAGGAAAGGAUGUUCGAAACCGAGAUUUCGUCGUUGAAAAAAUCGUCGAACAAAAUUCUUCCGUCCAUGAAGACUCUUUUGCCGAACAAAAUACAACUGCGAAAAGUGAUAUAUUAAAGCUCGAAAAAUCUGUCCAAGUAACUCCCAUGGCAAUUGAAAAAGAGGUUUUACUGCCAAUCGACUUAAUAAUCAAAUCUAAUGAAAAGAAGUUGAAUGCACUUACUGGUAUUCGAUCGUUCAAACUUUUAGAAACAAUCGUUUUAUGUGUUUCAAAAGUGUUGGCAACUCAAGAAAAUUACUCAAAAAAAUGUAAACUGUCUGUUAAAAAUCGAGUCUUGCUAACGUUCAUAAUGUUAAAACAAAAAACAACGUUUGAAAUUGUGUCUUCGUUUUUUGAUAUUACAGCGAACACCGCGAAAAAUUGCAUGAAAUUAACAUUGAAAUUGUUGGCGAGCGCGCUUUCAGUCGUUGUAUACUGGCCAUCUAAAGAAGAAAUUUUAAAUAACAUGCCAAAGUGUUUUUCAAAAUUUAGAAGCACAAGAGUUGUUUUGGAUUGUACAGAGGUUUCCACUCAAAGUACGGAGUGUUUAACUUGCAGAUUAGCCACGUAUUCAAAUUAUAAAGGACGACAUACUGUUAAGUAUCUUGUUGGGGUGACUCCUUCUGGAAUGAUAAGUUUUAUAAGUAAGGGUUUCGGUGGAAGAGCGUCGGAUAAACAAAUUGUUGUUCGAUCAAAAUUGUUAGAAAAAAUGAAUCCUAAUGAUGCUAUCAUGGUAGACAAAGGAUUUCUGAUCGCAAACGAGUGUGCUCAAUACGGAGUUAAGUUGAUCCGACCACCAUUUUUUAGAAAAGAAAAACAACAAUUUUCUGCUACCGAAACUCAAAACACAGCGCUGAUUGCUGCGGCACGAGUUCACGUCGAACGAACAAUUCAAAGACUCAAAAUUUUCAACAUUUUAAAGGGUCCAAUUCCUCGACCUCUAAUUCCUUAUAUGGAUUGUAUUAUGGUUGUACUUUCUGGUAUUGUUAAUUUAAGUACACCGAUUUUAGGUCCUGAUAAAUUUUAAAAACCAAUUGUGCUUGCAAAUGUAAUUUAUUAUCAUCUUUGGCCAACAA